GCAUCAGCAUGGGCCAUGGGUGUGGGCGGGCACGCGUGGCGGGGCAGGGACUCGUGGCGGCAAGGAAACGGCUACGGAACUAUUCUCACCACAGGGGGGUCGAGGAACACCCAUAGCAUCACCACACGUGCGAACACGUCGCAUGUUCCGCCUCGUCACUGUCUCCCGCGCGGCCACCAUAACGGAGUUCCUGACGGCGGCGCUGCGGACCUUCCACCUGCCGCAGUUUGCAACUUCGUGUGUCACGACAAAUGCCUCAAGACGGUGGUGUCGCCAUGCUCCAGCGUGGCCCCGACCCUGGUGAAGACCCCCGUGGCCCACUGCUGGUCUGAGCCAAUCCACGUCCGCCGCCGCCACUGUAACGUCUGCCGGAAGAAACUUGACGACACGCUGGCACUAAAAUGCGAGGUGUGCGAGUAUUUUGUGCAUCUGGACUGCGAGGACUUCGUGGUGCCCAACUGCAAGGACUGCGCCAUCUUCAUCCUGGACAAGACUCUCCCUCAGGUGGUCCAGCAACACCAUUGGCGCGAGGGAAACCUGCCCGCAAACUCCAAAUGUGUGGUUGACAAGAAGACAUGCUGGACGGCGGAGUGUCUGGCGGGGCUGCGGUGCGAGUGGUGCGGCUACACGGUGCACGCCAGCUGCGCCUCCAAGGUGCCGCAAGCAUGCACCUUCGGCCUGCUCGAGCCCAUCAUGCUGCCCCCGAGUGCUGUAAGCAUCCCCCGAACGGAGGUGCCCAUGGAAGCAAUCAUCGGGGUGCAGAACAGAAGGAAGGACACACUAUCAGGAGACUCAAGGAGCAUUUCGGAGGAGUUCACCAGCGAGGGGUACAAGAUGCGGGAGUGUGAGGAACCCGCCAUGAGAGAGCGAUCCAGAGACAGGGACGAGAAGGACGAAGAGGUGGUCAAGGUAUUUGACGGCAACAGUUCCCUGCAGCGUCGCAUGUUCCGCCUCGUCACCGUCUCCCGCGCGGCCUCGGUGGCGGAGUUCCUGACGGCGGCGCUGCGGGCCUUCCACCUGCCGCAGGAGGUGACCAGCACCUUCCUGACGGACGCCUACUCGGCCGAGGAGACGGAACUCACCGACCCCCUGCCCGUGUCCAAGCUGACGCGGCGAGAGGGCAAGCGUCCCGCGGUGUUCCUCAGAUACAGCGGCGCGUGUGUCGUGUGUCGCAGGGAGAAGGGCAACGACGAGGGCCACAUCCGAGUGUACCCGUCACGCCUGGGAGGCACCGUGGGCGUGGAACACACCGUGCUGCCCGUCACCUCCCUGACCUGCGUCACCGAUGUCAUCUCCCUCGCACUCAAGAAGUUUGACCUACCCGACGCCAACCCCGAAGACUACCAUCUCGUGGAGGUGAUGCUGGACAAGGGAGUCUCGGAGCGCGUGAUGGAGCACGGUGAGAAGCCCUGGGAGCUGCUGAAGGUGGUGGCGAGGGACAGCGUUCGUCAGAUGGAGAUGAUGCGCUUCUAUCUCCAGCUCGCCAAGGACCCGCACGGCUCCAGCAUCGCCCUCUUCGUCGGGAACCUGCCGCCGAACCUCUCGCAGCGGCAGUAUGACAACAUCCUGACAGAUAUCCUGGGUAACGGCGAGGCCGGCUACAAGUACUCCAGCUUCGGACCGAUCUACUACGAGUACGGCUCCAUGGUCAUUACCUACGACGACCCCGACCUUGCCGUGCGCGCCUUCUACACCCUACGAGAGUCCUGCUACGACGACAAGAACCUCCUGGUGAUGCUGCUGCCCAAUGUUCAGCCGCAGCUCAUCCCCGAGGGCGUCCAGCCGCUCCUCGUGUUCGUCAACGUCAAAUCCGGCGGGUGUCAGGGCCUCGAGCUGAUCCACUCCUUCAGGAAGCUCCUCAACCCAUACCAAGUCUUCGACCUGGACAACGGAGGGCCGCUGCCGGGGCUGUACGUGUUCCGCAAGGUGAAGAGCUACAAGAUCCUGGUCUGCGGCGGGGACGGCACCAUCGGCUGGGUCCUGCAGUGCCUGGACAACGUGGGCCAGGACUCCGAGUGCCAACACCCCGCCUGCGCCAUCGUCCCCCUGGGCACCGGCAACGACCUGGCCCGCGUGCUGCGCUGGGGCCCGGGCUACAACGGCGGCGAGGACCCCAUCAACCUGCUGAAGGACGUGAUCGAGGCCGAGGACAUCAGGCUCGACCGCUGGACCGUUGUGUUCCACGUGGACGAGAAGGUGGAGGACAAGCCCACGCAGACCAACUCCACCGCCGGCUCCACCAGCGAGGACAACACUCAGAUCUUCGUCAUGAACAACUACUUCGGCAUCGGCAUUGAGGCGGAGCUGUGCCUCGAUUUCCACAACGCCCGCGAGGAGAACCCCAACAAGUUCAACAGCAGACUCCACAACAAGAGCGUGUACGUCAAGAUGGGUCUCCGGAAGAUGGUGUCCCGCAAACUCUGUAAGGACCUGCACAAGGAGAUACGCCUCGAGGUGGACGGGAAGCCUGUGGAGCUGCCGCCGCUGGAGGGAGUCAUCAUCCUCAACAUCCUGUCGUGGGGGAGCGGCGCCAACCCCUGGGGGCCGGAGAAGGACGACCAGUUCAACAAACCCAACCACUGGGACGGACAUCUCGAGGUGGUGGGCGUGACCGGCAUCGUCCACCUCGGCCAGAUCCAGUCCGGCCUGAGGUCUGCCAUCCGCAUCGCCCAGGGAGGUCAUAUCAGGAUCAAGCUGAACUCGGAGCUGCCGGUUCAGGUGGAUGGCGAACCGUGGAACCAGGCGCCCGGUGAAGUGGUGGUCCUCAAGUCAGCCCUCAAGGCCACAAUGCUCAAGAAGAGUAAGAUCAAACAGCGCUACACCGAGCCUUCUCUUCAGGGACCCAAUGGCGACAGGGACCCCGCCGAGCCCUAGACCUUCCCUCAAAAAACCCGACCUCCCCCCCCAUAAACCCUUGUCCCUUAAACCCAACCGAACCUACACCAACCCCAAUAAACCCUUGCUCCUUAAACCAUUCCCAUUAACCCAACCGAAUCCACACCAACCCCCAAUAAACCCUUGCUCCUUAAACCCAUUCCCAUAAACCCAACUGAACCCACUUCAACCCCCAUAAACCCUUGCCCCUUAAACCGACCUGAACCUACUCCAACCCCCUCAUAAACCUCACUAUCAAAUCCCUCUGACCCUAUGAUCCCCUCCCCCUUAAAAUCAUCCCCCAUAAACCCAUUUUCCUUUAAACCCCAUUCCCUGUAAACCCAUUUCCAUUAACCUCACUUAGGCCUAUACCCUCCGACGCCCUUCCCACCAUCCUGUGAGUCUGUUCUUCUCUUUACCCUUUUUCCAUACCCUUUUUCAUACCCUUUUUUCAUACACCUCGUCUGUCUCGAAACUCCUUGCCAUUAAACCUUCCUUCCCCUCGCCCAUGCCUUAUAAACCUGUCUCAAAGCUCUUCCCAUUCCCUAAACCUGUGUCCCAUUUUUAACUUUCAUGCCCCAUUUACCCAUAUCCCAAAACUUACCUACCCAUUAAUCCAUGUCCCACUAACUCCCAUAUCUCAUAAAUCUGUCCUUAAACUCCUCCCUCCCCCAUCAUCAACCCACGCCCCAUUAACUAUCAUUACUCAUAUACCCACAUCAACAAAAUACGGUUUCUUUAAUGACCCUUCAUCUAAAACCCAUGUACUUUUUACCCCUUGUCUCAUCAGCUUUUUUUUCAUAACCCAUUCCAUCCCAAAUCUGCUUUUCAUAUUAUAUCCAGUCUCCAAUUUGCUUAUGCUAUUAGAUUCCCUGCCCAUUGAUUCCUGAUCCUAAAGCUUUCCCUUGAUAUACCGUGAACACAUCCCUUCUAAUGUCCUGCCUUGAAACCCCGAAACCUGGCAAUCAUCCCUCUUUUUAAAUCUCCUCCUGACCCCCGCCCCCCCUCCCAUCACAUACUCCUUCAUCCCUAACCACUGGACCCUCGUGAAAUCAUGUCUCUGAAAUCCCCAACAUCAAGUCCCUGAAUUCCUAACAUCCAGGCCCUAGCAUCACUAAUAUAUACAGUCCCGGAAUCCCUAACAUCCAGUCCCUGAGCGUAAUAACUUUAUUCCCUGUAUAUGUCUGCUUUUCACACUCAUGUUACUAGUUCAUGUCCUGGAUGUUUUCACCUUUUAAUGCUGCCUCCCCCCUCCCCCCCCUGCCCCUUAAUUAAACCCUGUGUCAGCUUUCUAAAUUUCUAUCUUAUUUUGUUGUUUUCUUUUGUCUUAAUCCAGUCUAGUGCCCUUUCCCCCCAAAAUAGCCAUUGAAACUUUAUCCCUAAAAAAACUUUCUCUGUCUUUAGAUUUUUUUUUUCCUAACAUACACUGAAGACUCACCACAGCGACGUGCACUCUUGGCCUCCCGUUCUUUAUACCUUUGUUCGGAGCAGUGUCUAGCGGGUGUUGCUAUUGUCCGUAAUACAUAAUCUCAACUCUUAUUCCCUAGACAGCCUGACUAGACCUGUCCCUCCACCCCUUUCUCCGUCCUCUCCCUAAGCACCCCACAUCACCUCUAAAAAAAACAUUCUAUAUGUAUCCUAUAAAUAUUGUGGAUCAUUACCAAAAGAUGUUCCCUGACCCACACCCAGCCUGUCGCCCCUUGCCCAGCCCUGCACGCAACCCCUUCAUUUCUUCCCUUCCCUUCGUUCCUGUUUAACCUCCUGGUCCACUUGCCCUUCCUUACCCUUCCCUCAUUCCCCAUCACAUCCACCUGUACCUUAAAUCCUGUGUAGUAUAUAUUUUGCGUCCCUAGAUAUACCCUGGACAUAACCCUCCAACCUCACCCCUUCGAUCCUUAACCCGGUAGCAGCGACGGGGCAAAUUUUUGCUAUGAUAUAAACCCCCCAAAAUAGAUAAUGCAUAAACUGAUCACAAAUGCGUCGGUAUAUAUUAUGAAAUGGUUUGUGUGAGUGAUGAUUUUUUCUCAUUAAUUCGCUCAGAGGGGCCUUUAAGAAACAUGAUCCCCGCAGCUACCGCGUUAAAACUAAUGGUCCACUCUCCCCCUUACACAUCGCUCUUCCCCCAUCAUUAAUUAACCUUCUACACAUUUUGCCUGCCCCUUGAUAUGCCCUUCAAACCCCCAAACUAAUGGUCCACGCCCCCCUUCUCCCUUACAAUUCCCUCACCCCCCACCACACAAGCCUUCACCCUUAACCCGCUGCACAUUUUGCCUGUCCCUUUAUAUACCGGAUGUCUUGCCUUCAAACCCCGAGACCUGGCGAUCAUCCCUCUUUUUAAACACCCUCCUGACCCCUCCCCCCUCCCAUCACACACCCUUUCACCCCUAACCACCGGACACUCACCCUUCAUGCCCCCCUCCGCCCCCCAGCGCCCGUAAAUGCAUCCCUAGCUAGCUGCCUCACCCCUGGUUAAAGCUUGCCCCGACUGCCCUACGCAACCUUACCCUGUCCAUGUGUCCACAGCAGCAGCCCUCACCAGCCUUGCUUCUUGAUCCCCUCAGUGUAGUAAUAUUAACAACCUCUCUCUCUCUCUCUCUCUCUCUCUCUCUCUCUCUCUCUCUCUCUCUCUCUCUCUCUCUCUCUCUCUCUCUCUCUCUGGUCUCUUUUUCACCCGUCUUCCCACUUUCAUCUGUCGUCAGUUUUUGUUCCCGGGCAAGGAUGAGUUGACAACCGCGCCCGUCCGACCUUUCGUCUCGCUCUGUCUCGAGUGCUAUUAUUAUUAUUAUUAUUAUUAUUAUUAUUAUUAUUAUUAUUAUUAUUAUUAUUAUUAUUGCUGUUUGUUCCUUCAUGUGUGUGUGUGUGUGUGUGUGUGUGUGUGAAUGAAUCUAUUAGUAAGUCUUCCGUUUUCUGUUCGGGAGAUUCAGUGUGUGUGUGUGUGUGUGUGUGUGUACUUGGACUGUCUCUUCGUUUCCGGAGUGAAAGAAUAUGCCUCCAACCCUUCUUCCAUUCCUCCUGUCCUCCGUCUACUACUACUACUACUACUACUACUACUACUAUUAUCAUCCCUCAUCCUUCACAUCAUUAGUUUUUGCUCCAUUUCUUUGUCGUUCUGCUUUUCCUUCUGCCGAGUACACGUAGAAGUGCUUGCCUCCACCACCACCACCACCACAGCUUCCUACUCGUCCAUCUCCUCCUCCUCCUCCUCCUUCUGCUGCUGCUUGCCAUUGCCCUUCACUCUCGCACCUUUCUGGACAUUCGUCAAGUCUAGUGUUUAUAUCCGUGCGUCUCUACUUCAUGCUGCACCUCCUAUGUAUUCCUAUGUAUUCCUCCUCCUCCGCCUCCUCCUCCUUGUCACUGCCUACCACUCCGACAUCUUUCUUUAUAUCCCUCUAGUUUGUUUUUACAUUCGUGCAUCCUUACCUCUCGCUGCACCUCCUCCUCCUCCUCCUCCUCCUCCUCUACUUCAUCUGCCUUCCCCUCCUCCUCCUCCUCUUCCUUCCCUGUCUCCGUUGCUGCGCCAUUCUCUCCUCCUUCCCCCGACUCACACAGGAACACCAUAUCCUUCACACCUUUUCUCCUCCUGGUCUUCGUCUGUCCUUCCUCGCACCCUUUCUCACUUCCCCCCACUCACACUCCCGUAGCCUUCUUACAAGUCUUUUUACUCUCCCUCUCUCCCUGUCACUCACUCUGCCUGUCGUCGCGUGCACCCUUUCCCUCACUCACUGUCUCAUUCACCUUCCUCUCGCCUGCCGCUCCUCACAGGCUACCAUGCUGAAGAAGACUUCCAAAUCCAAGCUGAAGCGACGCAACACCGAGCCUUCGAUGGCGGGGGGUGAGGUGCCCCGCCUAGAGGUACGCCCAGAUCCCGCUUCCUCACACCCUCUCUAGUGCGUCACAUCCCACCUCCAACCCCUCUGUGAACACCCACCACCCCCUUGACGCCUCCAGAAUGCCCCCUCUCCACCCACACCUACACCCAAUACACUGCCUCCUCCUCUUCCCUCUUACCCCGCUACACACCCUUCUUUUUUCCUCUUCCUCUACACCCAUCCAUCGUCCUAUACCUAUUACACGCCUUCCUCAUCUUCCUCCUCCUCCUCCUCCUCCUCCUCCUCCUCACAUUGCCUCUUAUCAUCCCCUACACCCCAUACACUCAUCCUAGUCACCCCAUCCCAAUACCUUGAUCUCCUUUCUCCUCCCCCUCCCACCUGUUAGCAUCACCCCACACCCUCAUCUCCACUCCCUCAUCUCCACCCCUCACCUUCCUCCACAUUAACUCCAUUCAUCUAUCCACCUGCGUUCCUCCACCCUAUUUUAUCCUCCUUCUCCUAAUUCUCCUCCUCCCUCUACUUUCCUGGUUAUUUCCUCCACGUCCUCCAUCCCUCCCUCCCUCCUUCCACCUUCCCUCCCCCACUCCAUUCCUCCUCCUCCCCCUCUCCUCCCCUCCCCCCCCCAUUGUCUCUCCCCAAGCAGCAGAAACAGUCGCCAUCCAACAACAUCAAGAACAACAACAACAACAACAACUAACACCUGUCCUCAAGACCAGUUUCUUACAAGACUGAAAAAAAAAAAACCGGAUGCGGAGAAAAAUGAAGAAAAAAUGAAAACUGGCGGCCCGUCGUGACUGGAAAACACAUGACUAGUCCGCCAGUCAGUCAGUCAGUCACCCAGUCAAGACAUUCCAAGCGAGUGGAGGUGCAGGAGGGCUGACGUGAUUCUUAUUGUCAUUUCUAUUAUCUAGCAGUUCCCCUCCUCCCCCCUUCACUCCCAUCUCCUCUCCCCUCCCUCCGCCCCUUCCCAUCACCCGACGCUCGAUCAGGCUGACUCACGAGCUUGUGGGAGUUGUCACCCUUCCCUUUCCCCUCACCCUUCCCUUCCCCCACCGGGUGACUGACUCAAGAGUUGCCACGAUGGAACCAACCGAACGGACCACAAGAGUUUGGCCACGUGCGUCGUUGUCUGUAUAUUAUGAAGAGCAAGCACGUCUUUUAGUGGCCCAUUAUUAUUAUUAUUAUUAUUAUUAUUAUUAUUAUUAUUAUUAUUAUUAUUAUUAUGUUAGGUUCGUCGCCCAUUAUAUUAGUAUUUGCUCGUUUUCUCUUCGUGUCCCUCCCUCCCUCCCUUCCACCCCUGCCUUGAAAAGCGUUCUGAGCUGUUCUAAAAGAGUGGCCAAAAGCUUAUAUGAUCUUGAGGUCCCGCCACGGAGCACCAAACAGACUGUAUUCAGCGGCUUUCAGUGCACGAUGAAGGCGAGGGACGGCAGGCGCGGUGGAGGUGGAGCUGCCGUGAGUGAGCCGUGAGUGGUUUGCGAUCUCGAGACAGGGCGAAGCAAGCAAAGAGAGGGCUGCCCGCUGCGCUGCCCCAGACGACGGUUAUGCGUCUGAAACAAAUUUACUCCCCAUGAAGUUGCCACGCCCCCUCCCCUCGAUAAAGUGUUUUCCAAGUGCCAAAGCAAUGUGAGCAAUGUUGGUGGUGGUCAUCGUCAUCACCAAUCAAUCUGUCUUUUGAACGGCUCCAAUUAAGGUCCUCUCGCUUGCUCGCCCCCUCCCGCCCCUCUCGGCAUCCCAGUUGAUCACUCGCUUCGUUCAGUUGCAUUUUGUAUAUAGAGGAUGUACAUGUUCUUCAUUUAUUAUCUCUAGGGAUAUUAUGACAAAGAUUUCAAUACCUCAAGUGUCGUUCCAAAGGUUUACUGACGAGUUUUGUUGACUCAUUUACAAAGGUGUAGUUAUCAUUUCUUUUUUUCUCAUGGAUCAACUUAAGCAGCGUCAGGAUAACCAGCACCAUGCAAUGUUUCGUUACCUGAUAGUCUGAUACGUAAAGGUUGUACACACUUAGCUAGAGUUUACUUUCUACGGUUUCGUAUAUGUAGGAUUUUAUGUAUAAUUUUUUUGGCCAAGUUCUUUCAUUUGUUUGUUUAUAUAGUAAGUGUUUCACCAGCAAUGUAUGUUAAAACGGUACCUCCACAGUAUUUAUUUUGUUCACUGUAUGUCGUGUCCUGAGAGGAUUGUAAUGGCUAGAGGCAGUCCUUUUAGCCCCGUGUCCUGAGAGGAUUGUAAUGGCUAGAGGCAGUCCUUUUAGCCCCGUGUCCUGAGAGGAUUGUAAUGGCUAGAGGCAGUCCUUUUAGCCCCGCGGCCACCAUUGUUUACUCACAAGGGUGCCGUAGCAUGGCCUCGCCUCGCUCCACUGACCAACUCGAGCUCUGGACACCCCAAAGAACUACCGGUGACCAUAAGAACCAAAGAGAUCUCAGAGCCAUCGUUCACUUUGAUGUCAGGAAGGUACGUGAGUUGCCUCGACGAAACACUGAAUUUCCCUUUGUUACCUGGAACACGUUUGGUUUCUGAUGACUGCAAGGUGUGUAGCUACUAAGCCCAAGUUGUAGCAUUGCCAUAAAGAGAAGAGGUCCAACUCCAACAGCGAUUCAACCUCUUGGUGGAAAUAAUUGCCGCCAUUUUUAUCUGGGUAUAUAUAUCACAUGGAAAUCACGAGGUCUGUUAAGGUAUAUUGAGUUGUGACUAACGCCUCAGGACUGAUGAGUUGUGUGUGCAGACAUCCCUAGAGGGUUGUAAAGGUUGUGACCGUGAGGUUGACACAUCUUAGGACACGCUUGUUUUAGUAGUGUCUUGAGUUUGCGUGUGCCAUGUCCCAGCAGCACCCCGCCAGUUGUGUUGCCGGCCUGCAGCGCCCACCACAGCAGCACGCAGGCGACAUGAGAACCGAGUGAGUGGCACAAGAACUACAACGAAGCAAGCAUCAGAAAAUUAUUAUUUGUCUCUUGAUUUUUCUUCCAUAGUCAUAAGACUUGCACAUAAGUGAUAUUGAAAAACUACCUUAUUUCAUUGAGUUUGUGUUAGAUAAUCUGGGGUUACCAUCAAAGUCGGCUGCAUUUUGUUUAAUUAGUUUGUUCACUGAAUGCAUCAGUUACAAUCAUUUUAUACCUUAGUAUGUUUGAUGUGUGGCUCAUGAAACUUUACCACUGUGUCUCUAAGUUCACACUCAGGCAUGCUGGGGCUGUCCCCAAUGCAUUAUGUUCUUGAGAUCCUCCAUUGCUAGUACCGUACUGUGUCUGCCAUGUGCAGUCUUAUUUUUAAGAAUGACCCCUGCUUAUUUUUUUUCCUUGCUUUGCCUCACCUGUGGUUUGCACAAAGUAUGGUGGUUCUUGAGACAGGUCACUUCUAUGGAAAACUAGUGAUGUGCAUCCUGCCAGGUCGCUGCAAGCCACGCCACCACCUGAUGCACUUGCAGUGACUUGUUGGAUGCCACAAGUAUAUUGUCAAUCAAUGAACACACGCAGAUUAACGAUACUACAAUAGAUUGUAAACACCAGUGACCAUAUUCAGAAAAUAGUAACUACUUCCCAUAAUCUUAACAAUCUCUUAUGAGCUUUGAAGCAAACAUGGUUCUUCUUCAGCCCAGAAACUUACCCAGUGGGGUCUUCACAACAGUUUUCCCCAUCCAUUGUCACACUCUUAACAGUUUAGGUGACUCUCCGAUGGCCAUGGAAACUGAACCGAAACCCCAUGAUGGCUGGGAAGCUUGUCUUUAUAUCCCAAGGAACUGUAUCACCUGGGACUUCUGGGCUGGCUUUUUAUGGAUCUCUACUCUCCUGUGCAUGAAAUCUUACUGAAGAACCCAGAGACUUCAACAAAGCCAUCAUGUGUCACCCUAGUAAAUGGAUCUUGACACAACAAGCUUCCCCUCUAGGUGGAAGCGUUGGUGUAUUGUGUAUUCUUCCCUCCCUCAGCGCAUCCCCUUGAAGGAUAACCUACUCGCUCAUUUCGUGUAAACCCUUGCCCCUCCCUGCCCAUGAUUCCUUUUUCAGUGGUAUCUGAUGUAUGUUCCCUCCCUUGUCCCCACCCUUUAAGGCCCAAUAUUAUACAUGGGCAACUCCAGUGGCUGUUAUUAGGUGUUGCAACCCUUGUGCCUCCCCCUCCUUAGGUGUUGCCCCCGCUGACCCCCUGUGACGUAGACACAGUCGAUGUGUUUCUUUUUUCUUCCAUAAGUGAUCACUGUGCUCUUUGGCACCUUGAUGGUGUUGCCAUAUAUUUUUUUCUGAGUGGUUUCUAGUGUUGCCAUCAUCUUAGUGGUCCCUUCUACAGUGUUGCCACACCUUAGUGGUCCCUAUAAGCGGCUAUGCCACCUCCCCAGUGGUCCCUGCACACUGGCGCCACACCUCGAUGGCUCCUCCACAGUAGAGCCACUUCAGUCAUGUCCUCCAGAGUGUCACCCACACGGCCUCUGCCAUAUUAUAUUACUUCCUUAGUGGACCCUUUACAGUGCUACCACGCCUCCGUGGCUUCCCUAGCAUGCCAUGCAUUGCUGGUCCUGUUACGGUGGUACCAGUGGUCACCUAUAGUGUGCCACUCCCUCAGUGGUCCCUAUAGCACCCCCAUCCCUUGUGGUUCCCUACAGUGUUCAGACACUUCUUCCAUGGUCCUUGUAAAUUGUUACCACUCCAGUGCUCCCUCUACAGUGUUACCAGAUCUUCAGCAGUGAACCAGUACAGCAUUUUCAAUUCCCCUUCCCAAAGUAACCCUACCAGUGUUGCCGUAUUUUCCUCGUGGUUCACCUACUGUGGUGCCACUUUCCCAGUGCUCCCUCUACAUGUCCCCAUAUCCAGUACUCCUCAUACAAUGUAACCACUUGACCAGUGGUCCCUCUACAGUGUUGCCACCUUCUCCCCAGUGGUCCCUCUACAGUGUUACCACCUCCGCGCUUGGCCGUGUAUGGGCGCGGUGUUGCUGUAGUUCUUCCACGUUGUGUGUCGUCUCGUAUAGUUUGUGGUGUGUGUGCUGUGAGACACACAGACAGACAAACAGACGGUCAGGUGGUUGGGGAGUGUGAGUGAUGAGUGAGUGAGAGGCAUGAUGGUGGUGGUGGCCUGGGCAGGCUCCCUCGGCAUGAACACUCCGCCACCACCACAAAGGACUGGCCAGCGUGGCGGCUAGUUCCUGCCUCCCUCACCCCGGGCGAGUGUCGUGUGAGUGUGUGUUGUGAAGGUGGCAGCUGCCACUCAGUCGGCCAGCCAGCUGGCCAGCCUCCGCGCUGCGGGGUCCGGACUGCUGUUCCUGCCGCCACUGUCGCUGGCACUGCCGAGAGUCGUCAUAUCCAGCCAGGGUCCACCGCAUAUCCGCCAGGCGGCCGUCCCGCCCACACGCAUCUGCGGGCCGCGCCUCCUGGCCCGGGCCGCACUCGUGGUGGCCCCCCUGGCCCUGGGCCCGCGCCGCCCGCUCCAGCAGUACAGCGCCGGCGGGGGUGCGGGCCGGGCCACCCCACGCGCCACCCGGGGCUCAGUUGUUCAUCGAACAAUUGGGUGGCGCGCGGGGCCGUCGACAAUCGCGUGUUGUUGUGUCGCUGUGGCUUGUGGUGCAGCAGGCGGCGCGCGCGGCUCACCCAGCCGUCGCUGCCGGGAGACCCGCGGCCAGGUGGACCGCCCGGGCCACCCGGCACCGACCUGCUGUCCCGCCCGCGCCGCCCGCCGCCCAGAACACGCCCACACAUGUCAGUAUUUAUUCAGUUUAACCUGCAAUAAAAGUCAAAUCUAUAUUCAUGUGGAUUAUAGAGUGAUAACAUUCGUGAACAUAUAGAAUAUUACAUGUACAAAUAUA